GUGCAGAGCGUCAGAGGACGGCAGCGGAAGGCCGGGCGUUGCUCGAGCUGUUCGGAGAUUUUUUUACUGCGCGGAUUAGUGUUUCUCUUCAAGAUUUGUGUUUUUCCUCUGAAGAAAUCACCAACCGAGGAAAAAGAAAGCAUAGGCGAAGGACAGGAUGAUCAUGUCCAGUUCUUGUGCAAGGAACAUCUGUAUGAGAAGUUGCAGAUGGUUUGCAUCCUCCCGCAACGGCAAACGGCAGCGGAGUCUCAGCGAGCAGCUGGCAAUGGAUACCUUGAAGAAGAAAAUUGCCGAAGAACCAAACGACGGGACCAAUCACAUCUCCAUCUUGACUAAUUGCUUCCGCAGCUACGACACUGAUCCGAGCCCAUCCGCCUACGCCUUCGUCAUCAGACAUCUCUUCCGAAAUCGCAUGCUCGCUCACGUAUCUUCUGUCCUCGAGCAUCUCGAGAAAGACGAGAGAUUUGAUGUUCCAGAAGGAAUGUUUGUCACUGUGAUCCAGAACUUCGGCCAAACAGGCAGACUCCAGGACGCCGUGGAUCUCUUCUUCAGAAUCCCAAAGUUUCGGAGCACGCCUUCUGUGGUUUCAUUGAACGCAUUGCUUGCUGUUCUUUGCGAGAGCAAGGAGGGCCUUGCCAUGGUCGGAGAUGUGCUGUCGAAGGCGCCGGAGAUGAACAUUCGGUUCGAGGCAACAACCUUUUCCAUCCUCAUAGAAGCUCUUUGCCGGAACGGGAAGUUGAGCUUUGCAAUGGAGCUUCUGGAGAUGAUGCAACUCCAUGAAUGUGAUCCUGAUGCUGGAUUGUAUUCAAUUGUGUUUGUGUCACUUUGCAAACAGGGAGGUUCUGCUCAGGUGAUAGAAUUCUUGGAGAAGAUUCGAAAUGCCGGGUUCGAUCCUGGUGCAUUGGAGUAUAGCCAUGUUAUCAGCUUACUUAUCGAUGAAGGCAAAGCCGAUGAUGCACAUUCCUUUCUAGUGAUGAUGAGAAUGGAGGGCAAAAGGCCUGAUAUCAUGAUCUACAAUAGGAUUUUGGAUGCUUUCAUCUUGGCAAAUGAUUAUAAGAAGGUUGAUGAAUUGUUUGACGAAAUGCUUCUGAUAGGUCUUGUACCUUGUUCUACUACUUACAACACCUACAUACAUGGACUUUGCAAGCAAGGCAAUCUCGAAAAAGCUCGUCGGAUGUUAAUCUGCAUGGAGAAAGCCGGUUGCAAACCUGAUGUCGAAACCUUCAGUGCUGUGAUCGAUGGAUACGCGAAAACAGGGGAGAUGGCUAAAGCAAAGGAGCUUAUGCAGGAGGUUCGCGAGAAAAUGCCUAUAAUUGACACCACUUUCUUUUGAAACCUUGUGCAUGGAUUGGUUUCUGAAGAUCAGGUGGAGGAAGCACACCAGCUAUUGAUGGAAAUGGCAAGGAUGGGUUUUCCCUGAAGUCUUAGACUCCGAAGCAACUGGAAUUUGAGAAGGGUGUCCUUCAUUCUUGACAAAGAAUUAUGCUAACUCACCUCCCAUGAAUCCUUGAUUACAUUGAAUCAAAUCAUCUUGGAUCCUUGAUUCAAGGUUGUAUCAUUGUUUUGCAUCUUAUGUGAGUUUCAGUUGUGCAUUUUAGUGGUUUUAAAACAGUGUGUUCUGAUCUUCUAUUUCAGAUGCUGUUGAAUCUCAGCUUAUGCUUUAGUGGAGCAAAUCAAAUGUGAAGCUGAUUAAAGAAUCUUUAUUUUUAUUUUUUGAGAUUAGGUAGAUGACUUUUCCUCUUAAGUCGUAAUAAAUUUGGAGCAUAAUUUAUGUAGUCGACUUCGAAAAUAUUCAUUUCAAUUUUGAUUUUCUUAGUUAUUCUUGUAAGUAUUUUAUUUUUUUAAUAAUCCAGAUAUUCAAUUCUUACGAUC